AUGCUAGCCAGGGUCACCAAGGUGCUGGGCAGGACCAGCUCCCAGGGACAGUGCACGCAGGUGCGUGUGGAAUUCACGGAUGACACGAGCCGCUCUACCAUCUGCAACGUGAAAGAGCCCAUGCGUGAGGGUGACAUGCUCACCCCGCUGGAGUCAGGGUGA